AUGAUCGCCAAUUUGCCGUUGCUUUUUGCGAACGGCAACCCGACGGCAUUGUCAACCAUUUCGGUAGCCCAGCUCGAGAAAUUCAUAACGUUCAUGGUAACAUGCUCUUGGGGCCACGACACGGCCAAAGACAUCCGCCAACCGCCCUGGUGGCCGCUAAAUGUGGAGUUCACGCAUCCGUUUACGAAGCCGGCGCAAGUGCCAAUAGACUGGGAAGUGCGUUUAAAAAAUCUUGUGAGACGGUGUUACGAUUAUCACAAAAGUGCUUUCCUGUUGGUGUUCUCGGCGCAGCUAGCACGUUACCCUCGAAAGCGGCUGAGAUAUGUUGACAACCGCGACCACACGACUUCAUUGUACUAUAGGCCAAGUGGGCGGCUCUUGGUAACGUUUAGAAACGAGAACCUGUUCUAUGACAAAGAAGGAUCUGCCGAAAAAGAGGAGUCGUUGGUUAAAGCCGCUGAUAUAUACCUCUGCGACAAUUGUGACAGCCAUUUCGACAAUUUGGACACGUUACAAGCCCAUGAGAGGCUAUGCAAUAAUGAUAAUGUUCCCAACAGUACAUGCAAUAGUGGUUUUUUAGAAUUCCUAGCAGCUUUGAAGUUGCAAUCGACAGAGGGAAGCUCCCAGGAGUCAAGUACAAAAACCACUGAUGUAGAUAUUAAGCCAAAAAACUCUAGAACUGCUGCCAAUGUUGACAGAGGCCCUCCAUAUCCAUUUUCUUCACUGGCAUACAUGAAGAAUGCUAAAACAAAUGUAAUUAGAGAUAGCACAUAUUCAAGGGAACGAAUUGAGAGGUACUGCUGUACCUCCACAUCCUUCAACAGACCUGUAGAUCAACCAAUGGAGGUUGAUAUGAAGAGUUCUGAUCCCCUCAAGAGAUUAGAUAAUGACUGUGAAGUGAUUGAUUUGUGUUCAGAUGAUGAAGGCCAAAGUGGUAAUGAGAACUGUGACCCCAGGGCUGGCAUAGCAUGUGUAAUGCGUGGUGGUGCUAUACUACGUCGGACUGCAGCAACACCUCAUGCCUUACCUUCAGAGCCCUGUGGUGCUCGCCAACGACCCCUCCCCACUAUGCAACACCUGCCCUCAGCCAUCCUGCAACCACAUCCUGUGAUCUUAAUUGCGCAUACACUAAACAAUUUGCAGACUAUAUCCUUAGAU